GAAAACUGACCCGUGGACACUUUCUCCCCUACCGACCGGUGUCCGACUCAUCUUCACUUGAAAUCUAAUAACUGAUGAGUGAGACUAGUGAGGUCCGACCUCCAGCUGAUGUGGAUCUGGGCGUGUGCGUGCUAUGGCUGAAGAUGUCUGUGGACUCUGAGAAGCGGUGUGUCCUGUUGCCGCGAGAGACCAGGACUUCAUGUGUGUUCCACACAGCCGAGGAAAAGGAUGAGAUACCAGGGGUGGGUGAGGACAGUGUGCUGGAGAUGCUGAGCUACUCCAAGUUCUCCGACUUGGAAACAUGGCUGUGCAUGCCCUCCACCUUACUGCCCCGAGUACUGGAGUCCACGCAUUCCUGCUCCUCUUCCUCCUCCUCCUGCUCCUCAUCCACCACCACCUCCGUCUGCACCUCCCCUGCUCCUGCCCCCUGCCUCUCCACAGGCUGCGAGACUGCAGAGACAGAUGCACAAACACAAGGACCUCCAGAGAAGGAAGCCCUGUUCCUGACCCCUGCUCUCGGGAGGGAGACCCCGUUCCUGGCCACACCGCUCGCCCCCAUCCUGUCCUCUACACCCUGUCACAUGACAAACCUGACCUCAUCGGGAGACUCCGCCUCCCAGGGCAGGGUCAACGUGAGGAAGCGCAGACGAUUGGCAGCCAGCCCAGGAGGGCUGCACUGGAACGCUGCAGGUUCAGUCCGGCGCGACUUUGAGCGGUCUAACUCCUCCUCUAAGCGCACCCCUAGCCCCGCCUCUAACCAUGGCGUGGGGGGAAGCAGCCCCCCCCUGCGGGAGACGGCGGGGGCAGGAGGGGAAUGGUGCGCGUCUUUGAGGAAGACGGUAUCCGUUGACGACCGUUUACUGCAGCCGGUGGUCAGAGAUCAGAGACAUAGCCGCCUGGACAGAGGCAAGAAGAAACUCCGGAACAUCCAUAAUUCCUUGGUGUCAGCCACAGCCAUCAGCAACCCAGCCCCGCUGUGA